GCACCGCCGCCGAAUGCAGCACUUCCGGUUCAACAAACGGGUGAAAUAAGUUGUGUUUUCAGCGCACCUCUGUCUUCGGACAUGUCUCAUGUUUUGAGGACUCUUGGCACAGGAGUUUUGGCCGUUCAGAGAUCAGUGUCCGCCGUGCAGCUCCUGAAGGUCGGCGCUCAGCAGAGGAGUCGCUGUGAUGCAGUGAAGGACAGCCAGAGUCCGCCGUUUGACGAGGCCCUGCUGGAGGUCCUGGUGUGUCCGCUGUCCAAAAAACCACUCAGGUACGACGGAAAUAGCAACGAACUGAUAAACGAAGAGCUUGGCAUCGCAUAUCCCAUCAUUGAUGGCAUUCCUAACAUGAUCCCACAAGAUGCACGAAUGAUCCACAAGACCAAAGCACCUGAAAAACCUUCAGAGUCAUAA